AUGGAAGAUUGGAAUAAGAAACUCAUUAAAGCUGCUGAAAAUAGAAGAGUAGAAGAAUUGAAGCUUUGCCUAGCGAACGGAGCUAACAUUGAUUAUCAAAAGGUGUUAGGACGGACAGCAUUAAUGGUGGCUGCCAGGGAAGGACAUGUGGAAGUGUGUCAACUUCUCCUGGAGAACAGAUGUAAAAAAGAUAUCACAGAUGGUAGUGGAUGGACAGCAUUAAUGGUGGCUGCCAGGAAAGGACAUGUGGAAGUGUGUCAACUUCUCCUGGAGAACAGAUGUAAAACAGAUAUCACAGAUGUUGAUGGAUGGACAGCAUUAAUGUGGGCUGCCUUUAAUGGACAUGUGGAAGUGUGUCAACUUCUCCUGGAGAACAGAUGUAAAACAGAUAUCACAACAAUGAAUGGAAGAACAGCUUUACAUCUGGCUGCUCAGUGGGGACAACUACAUACCACAAUAUGUCUUGUAGAAGAAGGAGGUAUCAGUCCCUUCGUUAAAACACCUAAGGGUAAGACUCCGUACGAUCUAGCAGCAGCAGAAAAAGAGGGACAGUAUAAAGAAGUGAUGGAAUACUUACAGACUGUCAUGUCAGAGAAAUCUUCAGGCGUGAAUGCUGGAAUAGGAAUAGAAGGAAACUAUGAAGAAACUGAAAUUCAUUCAAGACUAUUGAAAGAAUACAAGGAAAAACUUCAGAACAAAGGAACAAUAGAAGAACCAGUAACAUCCCACAUUGCUAUAAGGGACAACACACCAGCAACAAGUUUUGAUGAAUCAAAGAAAUCAGGGACAGUAUAUCAGCAGCAUACAAUAAUGACACCUCUAGUAAUCACUGAAUCUCAAGUUGAACCUCCAGUAACCUCGCAGCAACCAAACCAAUCAUUAGAACAGGCAAAAAAGGAUAUUGAAACCAUGCUUAAAUCUAAUGUAGAUUUACAUGACAAAGCUGCGCCCUGUGGAGCAUCUGAUGAAGUCCCAACUGAAAUAAAAUUAAUGACUGACAAAAGAUCUGUCGAAUUGUACCUUAAAUUACUUGAGUCAGGCUCUGAGAAAAAGAGAGACAUACGUUUAGUAGUAGUUGGAAAGAAAGGGGCGGGAAAGACUUCAUUGAUUAAAAGAUUGUUUGGUGAAGAUAAUACAGAUGUUACCAGUACAAAUGGAAUAGAAAUUCAUAAAAUAAAAUGCAAAGCAAUGUCUGAUGAUGGAAUAUGGAAUAAAUUAGAUGGAAACUAUGAAGAAGCUGAAAUUCAUGCAAGACUAUUGAAAGAAUACGAGGAAAAGCUUCAGGACAAAGGAACAAUAGAAGAACCAGUAGCAUCCCACAUUACCAUUAAGGACAACACACCAGCAACAAGUUUUGAUGAAUCAAAGAAAUAUCAACAGCCUAAAAUAAUGACACCUCCAGUAAUCACUGAAUCUCAAGUUGAACCUCCAGUUACCUCGCAGCAACCAAACCAAUCAUUAGAACAGGCAAAAAAGGAUAUUGAUACCAUGCUUAAAUCUAAUGUAGAUUUACAUGACAAACAGAAGUAUGCCACAUUAUUUUUAUGGGAUUUUGCAGGAGAUGAAGAAUUUUACCAUACACAUCAAACCUUUUUAUCCCCAAAUGCAAUUUAUCUUGUUGUUACAAAACUCUAUGAGGCUGGCGACAAACAAGCACAAGAUUUAUUCCAAUUGUGGAUGGAUUCUAUACAUUGUUACAGUAGACUGGAAGAGGAUGGACAUACAUCUGAUGUCAAUGAGAAAACAUCAGAUGAUCUUGAUCCACCGAUAGUUAUUGUUGGCACUUGGAAAGAUGCUUUGAUCUCUGAUGUACAAGAGAUUGAUGAUGCAUGCAGUGAAAGUAUAUUAAAGUAUACAGAGAAUAUGUCAGAAGAUGAACUAAGACAUAUAAGGCAAGACUACUUUAUCUCCAACACAGAAGAUGAUCCUAGUGUAUUCCAGCAAAUACGAGAAAACAUCCUUAACUUAGCCAGAAAAAUGAAAACAUGGAAUACAGAUUAUCCUUUAAAAUUCAUUCAGCUGGAAACAAAACUUCAAGAAAAGAAGAAGGAGUUACCUAUUAUUUCCCUUCAGGAAAUUCAGAAUAUCGCUAGUGAUACACCUAAGCCACUAAAUGAUGAAGAACUAAGAUUGUUCCUUGAAUUUCACCACGAGAUCAGAGCUUUAGUUUAUUUCAAAGAUCUUCCUUCUUAUAUUAUUUUAGAUACACAGUGGUUAUCUGACGCUUUUAAAUGUAUUGUAACUGCAAAGAAAUUUAGAGCCAUGAGUAUCAAAAAUAGAAAAAAAUGGGAUGUAUUCUACAGUAGAGGCAAAUUAUAUAAUGAGGUUUUAGAAGAUAUAUUCAAAAAGGAUAACAGUUUUUCCAAACACAAGGAUCAUAUUCUGAACGUCAUGGAGAAAUUUGAUAUAAUUAUACGUCCAAACUUAUCAGAUGGAGAUGCUGCUGAUGAAACCCCUUGCUAUUAUGUACCUUGUAUAAUUAAAGCAGAACCUGAGUAUGACAUGUACAAAAUGUUUAAUGUGACAGAAAUCACAUGUUCUAAGUCUACCUGGUUAUGUUUUAAAUUUAGGUUUCUUCCACCUCAUUUAAUGAAUCAUUUAAUUGCGUCACUGUGCAGGAAAUACGCAGUUGCAGAAUUUGUCACUAAGGAACAGAAAAGACAAAUUGCUCUUUUCAGAGGCUCAGCUGUCUUUGAGUUACAGAAAACGACAAAAUUAACCAAAUUACAUGUAAUGAAAUGUCCGAAUUGGAUCCAAAUUCAGGUUUGGCAAUUUGGUAAAGAACGUGAAGGAAGUUCGUUCAAAUGCAUUGGCGAAUGUGUGACAGAGGAAAUUGUGAAGAUAAUAAGCACAAGAUUUAAGAUGUCUAAUGUGAAGUUUGAGAAAAAAUGGGAAUGUGGCCAUACACAACAAGAGCUUGUUACAGGAACAAAUGACUUUAGUGAAGAACAGAUUACGGAAUAUUACUGUGAAACAUGUAAAUGCACCCAUAUAUUCAUUGGUGAAUGGCAAGAUCUGCAAAAACUGUCCCAGAGUUGUGAGAUUAAACCAGUAUCGAAUCCUAACAUAGAAAGCAUCAGCCAAGUCCAAGCGACAUCCUCUAAGGUGUGUGUCCGUGUCAAAGUAAAUAAGAGAGACAUUUCAAAUAUUCAUGGAGAAACAUCUGCAGCAGCCAUUUUGACAGGGUUCACAAAAGAAGAAAUCAACUUUACAAAGAUGGGAAUGAUAGCGCUGAAUAUUCUGGCUGAUGCUUUAUAUGACCUCUUAAAACAAGACAAAGCAAAUCUACGUCCAAGGAGCGAUUGUGAUAUAACAAACUUGUACAGUGAGCACAGGAAAUUAAAUAAACACAUUCCUAGUGGUUCAUGGGGAGGGUCAUGGCAAACUAUUCGAAAUACAGACAUAGCUAUUGGAGAUGAUAUUGAGCGCAUAAGACUAACAAGGAACGAACUACAACACUCUCGCAUAUUUAAACUCGAAGACAAACGUUUUAUUGAAUUAUGUAAUAUAUUAAGCGACCUUUUAAAACGAUUUGAUCACCAUAACAUACCAAGAAGACUGUAUACAGAUGAGCUGAAUGAUAUCUUGGCUAAAACUAUUUCUGCAGAGGAAGUGAAAUCAAUUGAGAAUGAUAUAUUAGGAAUGAUGAUUGAAGUUGAAAUUGAACACUAAAUCAAACAGUUAUUUAUACACGUCAUGGGAAAUAUACAUACAUUGUUCUGCCAUAGCAACAGAUUUGCAGAAGACCAAACCUUUUUGGAUAGAAGGCAAUCAUCUAUAAUUGGAGACAUUAUUCUGUUGAUGAAGCAUUAUAAAGUCGGAAUGAAACUAUAUAGUCAUAAAAAUAUAGAAAGAAAUGAGAAAGAUGAAAAAGUGGACCAUAUGGAAAUAAUGGGACUAAAGUUAAAGAUUGGAUCAAUACUGGAUUGUAUAAAUACUUUUUUUUCAAAUGUAAUCACAUACCGCAAAGACUUUAAUGUUGAUAUUGCUAAAUACUGUAUUAAUUGUAUUACGUACAUUAAAAAUAAUAUCUGUUUAUAAACAUAUAUAUAUAGAUCUAAUAAUUUGUAUAGUACAGUGAGAAACUUGAGACAACAUAAAGCAUUUAGGACAAUGUCCUCUAUGACUAUGUUUUUAAUGAGAAAGAUCAUCAGAUGAAUUAUUAUUUUUUUUUGUCCUAGAGAGAAUAAGGUGUAGAUGUUAGAUUUCCUUUAACAUAGUCAUAUCUUUUUAACUUGGCAUGAGUUGAUGACUAGCAUAUUGUCUUGUUAUUUGUUUAUCCCAGAAAACUAGUUUGACCAUCAGAUGUCUUUCUAAUUUUUUGUAAUUGAAUUGCUGUUUCGUUGACAUAUACACACCAUCUUGUUUCAUUCAUGAAAUAAAAAUUAAAAAAAAGAUAUGUAUUAGGAAAUAUAUAUAGUCUUAAUAUUUCCAUGUUUUGCUCGACAUAUGUAAUAGUUGGUCUAUUGUUAUAUCAAAAUGAUAUAAAGCAAUAAACCAUGAAGGGACAAAUCUAUUGCAAUGUGUGUGUUUUAACCUUUUGAAAGGGUGUGUAUUCAUGAUAACACAUACUU